ACCGUGAUGGCGGGAGGCUUAACGCGGGUUUGCAUCUGCUGCUGCAAGAGACGGAAAAGGACAAAAAUAAGGAAAAAGACAAAGUACACCAUCCUGGAUAACAUGGACGAGCAGGAAAGAAUGGAGCUGAGGCCCAAAUAUGGGAUGAAGCACCGAGGCACAGAGCACAGCUCCAGCCUGAUGGUGUCUGAGUCUGACUUUGACAGUGACCAGGACACCAUCUUCAGCCGAGAAAGGAUGGAGAGGGGGAACCCCAAAGUGUCCAUGAACGGCUCUGUCAGAAAUGGGGUCUCCUUCGGGUACUGCUCCAAAGACAGGUAAGGGAGCAGCUGGAAGUGGAAGGCCCUGCACAGGAACCCUGGAACCCAGGACCUCGAUUGGCAGCGAAAGCUGUGAGUAGUGCAGCCUCAUCCUCCCACAGUGGCCUGGACCUGCGCUCUGCUAAUUAAAGGGCCUGUGUGCUCGGCGGCAGAAAGCAAAGCCAAAAUACUGCUCCUUUAACUGGAUUGCUUGCCAGUAGGAAUGAGAACUGGGUAACGCUUCAUGCACUUAAAAGACUGCCUGUCUUGUAGCUGGUACAAUAUUCUAUUGCCCGUGUCAAAAUACAGAUGAACACCUGUUUCUAUCUGUGGCUUCUUAGGAAAGACUCCCUUUGAACCAGGGCUCGGUGAGGGCUGAGUUUUCACUAGGUAUCUGUGUGUACCUCUAGGGCGAGCUUUCCAAACACGGUUUCUCUUGUUGAGCCUGCAAUCGGACGGCUGUGUGUAUGGAAAGGGGUUAUUUGGGAGGCCUGCAUCACCCCUUGUGCAGCGAGCGUUCUGUGCUGACCACAGCAUCCACGUGCUGUGUUUUCAUUAUGGUACUUGACUGGCAAGUGGCAGAAGUAAAAAGUUGAUGUGUGUGAUUUUUGUAAAACAGUUUCUUUGCUUAUGCGUACGCCUUGUGCACAGCUAACCAGUUCAAUGCUAGUUAUGGCACUAGGAGGAAAUGUGAUACUUUUUACCCCAGUGUUUGGCUUCAUCAUCUCAGAAUCUGCCCUUGCUAGUGCCCAGGGCUGCGUUGCUUUUGUGCACGCCAGGUGGCAGCCCGGGUAUGAGCCUGAUGGUGGAGAAAGCAGAAACCCCCUGCUUGAAGACUCGGACAUACGCAGUGAGCGUACUCAAGUCGUCCUUAGGACCAGGAGAGUCUCUGUUCUCCGGUUGCAGAACGCCCUCUGCAGGCCUGGAGAGGUGCAGCAACUUGCCCCAGGUCCCAGCCAGCAAGUGGUGGCUCUGGGAACUGGGUGCAAACUUUAUUUCAAUGGAAGGAUCCAUGCAUGCCACCUCCCCUCCCCUCCCGCCACUGCACAAAGAACCCUGGCUCUGGAGAGAGCUGGACCCCAGAAUGUGGGGUCGGUCGGGCAUUUGCAGGGCUUGCUGGUUGACAUGUGCUUGCAGUCUCUGGUUUAGGUUCAAGGAAGGAAGGAGGAUUCAAACCCACAGCGCUCGCGGGUUAAGCAUGUUUAUGUCUAAAGAACCUCCUGAAAAACAUGCAAUGGGAUAAGACAAUGGAUGACCCAGUGCCAGCCGUGCUGCUCCCUUGGGCAGGGAGCAGGGGCGGCCCGGCCCCCAGGGACUGUGCUUUGUGUCUGGGUUUAGGUGCAUAAGUGUAUAAUUUCCCCCAGGUGUCCGCAAGAUGUCAUUCCUAAUAUAACGCUAUGAAAUAUAUGUACUAACCUAAAUAACGGCGUCUGGGCUUUCUGCAAUGCGUAGUGAGAUUUCAGGGAAAAUGGGUUGUCUUCACGCUUCUGUGUGCAGGGAUGGGGAACCUGUUUUUCUGCCAAGGGCCAUUUGGACACUCAUAACAUCACCCGUGGGCCAUGCAAAAUUCUCGACUUAAAAAGAAGCCUGCUACAGAUUGAAUGACUUUCAAGCCUCACUUGUGGCUGCCUUGGCGGGGUUGGGCGGGGUGGGGGACAGACCAAACAUUCCCCACCCCUGGGGGAGGGAUUUCCCUUGAGGGUGGAUCAGACACAACUGCCGGCCCCUGUUUUUGCACACCCCGAGAGCUCAACAAAUGGGUGUGAUGUUUUCAAAUGGCUGAAACAAAGUCCAAAAAAUAUUUUGUAACACACGAACUAAAUGAAACUCCUAUUUGUGCUUAUCAAUAAAGUUUUAUUGGAACACAUCCAUGUUUGCUGGUGUAUGCUUUACUUAGGACUGUGUAAUCGCUGAGUUGAGUAGUUUGCACAGGGUCUGUCUUCAAAGCCCCCAGAUGCUUACCAUCUGGCCUAUCAAAAAGUAGUUGCUGAAGGCUGGAGUAACAGCCCCUGCUCCCUGUGCCCUGAGAGCAACUGCACACUCCUAGCUCUGCCUGUCUCCUCUCUGCGCGGUUGGUGGCUCCCUGACUGUGGGAUAGGCCUGGGGGUGCUGGGGGUGGGGGCCAGAUUUCAAAGAGGGUGUACAGACCUCCAACUACAUCCCCCAAUCUAGCUUUUUAACAAUAAUAAAGGCAACAUUUUUUUAAAAAUGCUUAUAGAGGAAUAAUUCACUGACAAUAAACAACAUGUAUUUAAGGAGUCUGGUUUGAUAAGCUUUUUUUUUUAAGACUUAUUUAUUUGGGGACCGGCACUGUGGCAUAGUAGGUUAUGCCUCUGCCUGUGCUGCCUGUGGAGCUGGCAUCCCAUAUGGGCGACAGUUCGUGUCCUGGCCGCGCCACUUCU